ACAACGUGCGGGGCGGAGAUCACGUUGCCGCGAGCGUCAUGCUGAUAUCUCCCUUACCAAAGCUUCUCGCAAUGUCUUUUGGAAUAACCAAAAUUAUCUUGGAAACACUCGAGUCGUUCAGUUGACCUUACAGCUAUGACAUCGAUCUUGAGAAAAUUGCCAGGUGUAGCUAUCAUCACUGGCGCAGGCGGAACAGGCAUUGGCGCUGCAGUUGCGAAAGGCUUUGCGCGAUCCGGGAGCACGAAGAUUGCAAUCACAGAUAUCAACCCGGACACACUAAGGCAGACCAAAGAUGCCAUUCUAUCGAUAGAUUCAUCGAUUCAAGUGUUUGACAAAGCAGGAGAUAUUGCAGAUGAAGGGUUUGUAAACUCAUUCACAGAUGAAGUGGCUUCGAAGUUCUCGAGACUCGACUACGCGGUAAACUGCGCUGGGGUUCUUGGAGGCAAGCCAGUGAAAGCCGUGGAUAUGACAAUGGAUGCUUUCGAUCGACUGAACAACAUCAACUAUAGAGGCUCUUGGUUGAGUUCGCGUGCUCAACUCAGGAAUAUGUUAAACCAAGGACCUUUGUCAGAGCAGCCUGGACAACGAGGUUCUAUCGUGAACAUUGCGAGUCAACUAGGUAUCGUUUCAAGACCUGGCGCGGCUGCCUACUGUGCUUCAAAGGCUGCUAUCAUCAACAUGACACGCGCGAACGCCAUUGACUACUCAGACGACGAUAUUAGGGUAAAUUGUGUCUGUCCAGGUGUCAUUGAAACUCCAAUGACAACGACUUCUCCUGAGAUGGUUGAAGCACUGAAGCCGGCUAUCAACAUAGCCCCCAUGAAGCGGAUGGGUACGCCAGAUGAGGUAGCAAAUGCCGUAUUAUUCCUGUGCUCGACCGACGCGUCUUUCAUUCAAGGGCAUGCACUGGUCGUCGAUGGUGGCUACACAAUUAAUUGA